AUGGCUCCAAAUCAAUCUCCAAAGAAACGCGGCGGCAGACCAAGAAAGCACAUUACUAAAGAAGCUGCCAUAGAGGCUGCGAGAGAGAACAUCCCCGAAGAAACUCCUCUCGAAACCGGUCUCCGUACGAGCCACGAUGUUCAAAUUCCCCUCGAUCCCAAUGCGCGACCGAACCCCCGGCAGUCUGCAGAACUGCCUACGGAGGAAGACAUGAAAAUCAAUAAGGAGAUCAGGGAUAUACGGAUGAAAGAACAAGAAGCCAAUGCGGAACUAGGGGAGCGAGAGGCAGAAAUGGCAGAGAUUUUGCUAGCGAUGCGGGCCGCCAACAUACAAGCAGAGCAUAAUAGGGGAAUGGCACAUACAUAAGACGUUUCCGGCUUGCAGACGACUGCGGGGGCUGAGGGAGACGGAAUAAGUGAGGGUGAUUUACAGCGUUCCUGCAUUUUGCAAUUUGACGAUAUAGAUGAGCCGAUAGCACGGGAUGAGAAUAGCAUUGCUAGUUCGUAUGCUUUUAAUGCAUCAGCCAAUAUCCAAAGAUUAAGAGAGAGUACAACCCUGC